UUCUCUGGGCCCUGCAACCAAAAUGUAUUGUGUCUUCAGCAGCUGACUUUACAUCUAGUUACAUGGGCAGUCAGGAGCAGUGGCAAUGGCCCGUGUGGCAUUGUCUUUAGACUGAGUGCACUGUCACAGUCAAGCCACUAGUGAAUUGGUUAGUUUUGACCUCAAAGUUUGUCUGCAUCAUUGUCUCCAGCCGGACUAACCUAAGCCCCGGGUCAGCUGGUAGGAUUUGAGGAUAUACGUCAGCUUCCUGAGAACAGUCACUAGUGUAGACACAGAACUGGAUGGGCCGACUUGUGUGUCUGCUGUUCUCAGAAGGGCCCUCUCUGUUGUCAUCCUCAGUCUUGCUGGAGCUUGAAGAUGCUGAAGGAGCGUCUGGAGAUGGCAGAAGAUCCUCAGCAGCAGAUGGGUUCUCCAGUGGUGAAACUGGAGAAGGAGCUGCCAUGGGGCCGGGGAGGGGAGGACUCAAGUCCUGAGGCAUUCCGGCUGAGGUUUCGGCAGUUCCGCUACCAAGAGGCUGCGGGUCCCCAGGAAGCUCUCAGGGAGCUGCAGGAGCUCUGUCGGUGGUGGCUGAGGCCGGAGCUGCACACCAAGGAGCAGAUCCUGGAGCUGCUGGUGCUGGAGCAGUUCCUCACCAUCCUGCCCCGCGAGUUCUACACCUGGAUCCGAGAUCACAGCCCAGACAGCGGCAAGGCUCUGGUGGCCAUGGUGGAGGACCUGAUGGAGAGCACACCCGAGGCCAAGGCGGUUCCAUGCCAUGCCCAGGGAGAGCAGCUGGUCACAGCCCUUGGCGGAGGAUCUUGGCAAUCAAGCAUCCACUUGGGGCCAGUAGAAGUCAAACCUGAGUGGGGGAUACUUCAGGGGGACAGAGUUCAAAGCUUAGGCCCAAGCACUGCAGAACAGCUGAGCCAGGGCCCUGGAGACGGGACACAGGCCUUCCAGGAGCAAGCACUGCCCAUUCUUCAUGCUGGUCCAGGUCUUCCCUCUGUGAGCACCAGAGACCAAGAGCUUGCUGCUGGGUUCCUUGCAGCAACAUCCCAGCUCUGUCUGAUAUGGAGAUCACAGCCCAAUCAGUUGUUUUCAUUUUCGCUGGCUAUGAAGCCACAAGCUCGUCCAUUUCCUUCGUGAUGUAUCAACUGGCCACCCACCCUGCUGUGCAAAAGAAACUUCAGGACGAGAU